AUGGGCACCUUGGAUGGUAUAAUAGACACAGUUUCUGCCAUCCAUCCUCUGCCCCCUCUGUUAGGUAUGUUGAAGUCUCAAGGGAAACUCGUCAUGGUUGGUUUACCAGAGAAGCCUCUAGAGCUACCAAUCUUCCCUUUACUUGCAGGGAGAAAAAUAAUAGCUGACAGUGUCAUUGGAGGAAUUAAGGAGACACAAGAAAUGAUUGAUUUUGCAGCUAAACAUGAUGUAAAACCUGCCAUUGAGGUUAUUCCUAUAAAUUAUGUGAACACGGCAUUGGAGUGCCUCCUCAAAGCAGAUGUAAAAUAUCGAUUUGUUAUUGAUAUUGGGAAAACACUAAAGCCAAGCUCUUAA